GCUGGGAUUACAGGUGUACACCACUACAUCUGGCAGGACUUGGGUGGCUCUUGCCCCUAGUAACCAAAGGGAAUGCUUAUCUGUUUUCUGCCCCACUUUGUGGCUUUCACAGAGCCCAGAAGUACCAUGGCUUCCGACCUGGAGAGCAGCCUCACCUCCAUAGACUGGCUCCCCCAGCUGACCCUGCGGGCGACCAUUGAAAAGCUGGGGAGCGCUUCACAGGCGGGGCCUCCGGGGGGCAGCCGCAAGUGUUCCCCGGGCUCACCCACAGAUCCUAGCGCCACCCUGAGCAAAGACGAGGCUGCAGUCCACCAGGAUGGCAAACCACGAUACAGCUAUGCCACCCUCAUCACCUACGCCAUCAACUCGUCUCCAGCCAAGAAGAUGACCCUGAGCGAGAUCUACCGCUGGAUCUGCGACAACUUCCCCUACUACAAGAAUGCAGGCAUUGGCUGGAAGAAUUCCAUUCGGCACAACCUUUCUCUCAACAAGUGUUUCCGGAAGGUGCCCAGACCUCGGGAUGACCCCGGGAAGGGCUCUUACUGGACAAUCGACACCUGCCCUGACAUUUCCCGGAAGAGGAGACACCCUCCAGAUGAUGACCUCUCCCAAGACUCCCCGGAACAGGAGGCCAGCAAGAGCCCUCGGGGAGGCGUCCCGGGGGGCGCAGAAGCCUCGCUGCCUCCCGAGGGGAACCCUCAGGGGCCGCUUCAGAGCCCCGGGUCUGUGGCCGGCUACAGCCAGGGCACAGGGUCCGUGGACGGUGCGGUGGCUGCGGGGCCUCCAGGGCGGGAGGGCACGGAGGGUCCGCCUCCCCUCUACAGCGCCAACCACGACUUCAAGUUCUCCUACUCGGAGAUCAACUUCCAGGACCUGAGCUGGUCCUUCCGCAACCUCUACAAGUCCAUGCUGGAGAAGUCCUCCUCCCAGCACGGCUUUUCGUCUCUCUUGGGGGACCUGCCGCCCUCUAACAACUACUACAUGUACCAGCAGCAGCCUCCGCCGCAGCCGCCGCCGCAGCCGCCGCCUCCCGCCCAGCAGUCGCAGCCGCCGCAGCAGCAGGCGCCGGCCCAGGGCCCCUCCAGUGUAGGGGCCGCCCCACCCCUGCACGCCCCAAGCCCUGACAGCUGUACCCCACCAGGGGGGAAGCCAGCGGGGGCUGAAGGCUACGGGCCGCCCCCGGUGAUGGCCAUGCACGCGGCCCCGCUGCAGCACGGCGCCUACCACGCUCAUCAGCACCACGCACACUCGCAGCCCGCCCCGCCGCCGCCCCCCCAGCAGCAGCCGCAGCAGCAGCAGCAGCAGCAGCAGGCGCCCGGCCAGGCGCCCAUCAACAGUCCUGGCUUCGCCUUUCCUCCUGACUGGUGCUCCAACAUCGACUCCUUAAAGGAGAGCUUCAAGAUGGUGAAUCGGCUCAACUGGUCCAGCAUCGAGCAGUCACAGUUCUCAGAACUGAUGGAGAGCCUGCGACAGGCCGAGCAGAAGAACUGGACCCUUGACCAGCAUCACAUUGCCAAUCUGUGUGACUCCCUCAACCACUUCCUCACUCAGACGGGUCACACCCCCCCACAGGGGGGCUCCCACCGACCGGCAGCCCCUGCCCGGAUCGCUGACUCCUGUCCCCUCACCAGCGGCAAACAGGAGCCAGCCAUGAACCAAGUGAACUCCUACGGGCACCCACAAGCCCCCCACCUCUACCCGGGCCCAUCACCCAUGUACCCAAUCCCCACCCAGGACUCCGCAGCUUACAGUCGCCCAGUAGCGCACCACAUGGUCCCUCGGCCACCAGUCCCACCCCCGGGUGCCAGUGAGGAGAUCCCUGAUGACUUCGACUGGGACUUGAUCACUUAAUGCGUCACGAGCAAGCGUGGACCUCAGCUCCGGGCCUGGUGGCGAAGUCUAGCCAGGGAGAAGAGCCGCCUGCCCACCCCUCCGCCUGUACAUAGAUAUAUAUUCUCUUUUUGUUCUUUCUCCGUCAGAGAAGCCACCGCAAGAUGCUGCCGAAGAUACUCCCCUUCCUUGCCUCAUUCUUUUCUCUUCCUUGCUGUUUUUCCCUCGUUCUGUUAUUAUUAUUCUAAUUAUAUUAUUAUUAUUAUUGUUAUUCUUGGUUACAUACUAUCCUCCAUCUCUUGUCCCUACACCAUGGACCCAGUGUACACCUUGCUCAUUUAAAAUCAUCAGGCUGGAAGAUGAGGCCACGACAGCUGGAGGGAAAGGUUGCAGGCCCCCGUUCACCUUUCUCUUUGAGAAACUUGGCGCGAACCCCACCUCUCAGCACUGGGUCAUUUUCUGGUCCUGUCUGUUUCAGGCCGGGACUGGGAACACCAUGUUUUCAAGUAGAAGAGAUCUGAUACUUUGCAGGUUUUACUCAAUGGUGCUAAUUCUGCCCUCUGAGCUCUUCUUUGUCCCUUCAAUCCUUUCGUCUUCUGGCAGUCCUUCUUCCCGUAGAGGGUGAGAGUGAGAUCUUAGCGGGAUUACAGCCUGGGCGGGGUGAGCAGCAUCGGCAGCGGCCGCGGAGGCCAGCGUGCUCGAGCACCUAUGGGCCCCUCCCACCCCAUGCUCGCGCUGAGGAGCCGGGGUUAGGCUCUGCUUCUAUGGUAGCGCAAGUGGACGGUAGUCAGCAUCAGUUCAGCUUCUUGGAGAUGGUUUUAUUUUAGCCAUUUUGGCUUUUAAAAAAGAAUUCUCUGGAAACUAACUGUGGCUCUUGGAUUUACAAGUCACCCACCUUUGCCUUUCUCCAUCUUGCAUAUAUUAUUUUGUCCUCCUUUGGUUGGCUGCCCAGAUCAUCCUCUCCUCUUACUUUCUUCCUCCACUUUCUGAGAUUCUCAGGAGAGAGAAAGGAAGCCAUUGCCACUCCGGGUGUCAUCGUGGCCAUCACACGGUGUGGGCGUCUCUCCUCACCAGUCAUGCCGAAUCACACCUGUGUUAGGGGUCAGAGAGGGGAGCAAGCUGGCACAGACAUGGGGAGGGAGCCUUUCUUUUUUUUUUUUUGGCACCGGGACUCGAACUCACGACCUUGCCCUUGCCAGGCAGGCGCUGUGCCGCUGAGCUAUAUCCCUGGCCCUCUUUCAUGUAUUUAAAUGAAUAGGCAGGUGCUUCUCCUGAAAUCCAGAUCGUGGAGCUUGAAGCUUUUGAGAGGUGAAACACAUUGGGCAAAGGGACAAAUAAUGUACAGAUGGGGUCAGUGAGGGCCCCCGGGGUCUGGGAAGAAGGUGUGAGGGCAACAUCUGUCCUCUAGCAAGCAUGGCCCUGACUCACUGCCACUGGCCCCUAGUGUACGUUUACUAUUCACCGUUGAGUUUGAGUUAGGAGAUGGAGGAAUGGUUUCCCUUCCCUUCUUUAUUUGGCUAAACUUUCCCUUUCUACAGGCCGAAGUGUGUGGCGGGAGGUGUCCUGCUCUCCUGGACGUCUGCUUUCCUUCAUGCUCUUUCAUUUCAUUUCUUCACGAUCUCCGAGCUGUCGCUUUCUUCUCCCGUGUUUUCCCCAUCGCCCCUUUCCUUUCUUGGAAGGGGACUCUGCACAAGAGUUUGUUGAAGUCCAGUGCGGCUAAAGUAAGGGGCAAGGGGGGCAGUUAACUACAGAGCACUUUAUUUCUUUGAAGCCUUUGUAAGAAAGACGGGGCGGGGGCGAGCGGCCCGGGUCUCGCGAUGUGUGGGAGGCCCUUGGUGAGCGUGGCUGCGUGCUUCCCCGGGAAAGGGGCGUUUCUACGGGAGGUGGCAGAAGCCUCUGCGCAGCAUUCCUGUGCUGGGCAGCUUUCCUUACUCCUUCCGGCCAAGGUGCAUCCUCUACACAGCCUCGCUCUGUCUUCCUGGGAUCCCCACGUCACGGUUACCCCUCCUCUUGUCUAAACUGUUUGUCCUCGGGCCGCGCAGGGUUAGGAAGAGUCGCUCACGUCGUACACACAGCCCUCGCUCCUCUGUGUCUUUCGAAAGCGAGUCUCCUUAGGAGCUCUGGUGGCAGCCGGAGUAGCUGCAGAGUGGAGUGGACUUGGAACCGCUCUUCAGGCCCCUGAGCUCGCAGGUCCUCUUGCCCACGCUCAGCCUUGCUAACGGCGCAGCACAAGCUGCCUUCCUCUGGGCCUGUUUCCCCGCUCCUACAUGAGAUGGAAAGAGUACUACUUGUUGGUCCAGCCUUGCUGGACGCGAAGUCUAGUCCUUGUUGUACUGGGUGAUUGGCGUGUGCGAAAUUGCAGGAGCUCACUGCUCUUAAGAGGAAAUAAGGGAGAGAGCUGAGGAGCGGGACAAAGGAGCAGUUGUUGGAUGUCGGUCCAUCCAUCCCAAGCUUCCUCUCCUUAACCUCCCCCAUGUUUCUGGUUUGGUGAGUCCUUCAUGCCACCCAUAGUGCUUUGCGUUGGUGCAGGCUGGGAAGGGGUAUUUGGUCUCACAAGUUGUGUUGUUUUUUUGCAUGCUUUCCUAAUAAAAAAGAAAAAAAAAAAAAA